AUGGCGGGGGGAGCCUCAAGUUCCUGGAGGGAGAGAAUGUCUCUCGUCAGUGGGCAGAGCAAUAUGGCUCAGUGUAUCGCAUCUGGCAUUCUGACCCGAGCGGAUGAGAUCAAGACGGUCUUUAAAGACUCUGGCAACCACUACAAGGCUUCAAACCUGAAUGGUGGAUGGGUGAUGGGCGAUCUAGUCGGCGAUGGUGUCGGACUUAUUAGUCAAGCACAUUGGAAAAAGGUCCAUGCUGUGGUUUCGCCCCCAUUUACCCAGAAGCCCACUACAUAUGUUCCCUUUGUUCAGUCCCGUAUUUCUCGCCAUUUUUCUGAGUUAUACAAAGAGUAUGAAGGCGGCAAGACACUGCGAAUCAAGCCCGCCGAGGACCUCAAGCUUCUGCCCUUCUGGGUCAUUAGUGACCUCUUAUAUGGAAACUUGUCCCCGGAGAUGACAGAGGAACUCUUGCUCAUCACUGAUCUGCGCACCGAUGUGUUUCAAUAUGCCUUUAAGGGCGGGUUGUCACUCUUCUCCAUCAGCAAGAUAUUUUACCCGGCCAUAAGGAACAAGCUACACGUCUUCCACACUCGCUGGGCUAAUUUCAAUCGGAAAGCGUAUCAAUAUGCAAAGAACCGUGACGAUUCCUCUGCUUGUGCUAUUGUUACCCUGUAUAGAGCAGUCGAGCAAGGUCAGAUUACACCAACUGAGCUGAUGCACACAUUGGACGAAGCGCUGUUUGCCAAUAUUGAUGUGACAAUUGGCAGCUUCUCCUGGAUCCCACAGUUUCUUGCCGAGAAUGCCGGUUUACAGUCCGAGCUAAGAAACGAAAUCACACAAACCCGAUCUGACGAAACUCCAGAGUCAUGGGUCAAAUACAUUGCCAGUAAUUCAACUCUGCUGGCGAGCUGCAUCAACGAAUCCGCAAGGUUGAAGCCAGUCACCAACUACACCUACGCGCAAUCAAUGCCCACUGACCGUGACGUGGGUGGAUACCGCAUUCCCGCUGGCACCUUUAUGGUGGUUGACACUAAUGCGUUGAAUAUAUGGGAUGAUGCAUGGGGCUCUGAUAAAAUGACCUUCCGUCCCCAGCGGUUCCUGGAGGAAUCCAGGGCCAGUUUUCGGUAUCGCUUCUGGCGUUUUGGCUUUGGGCCCCGCCAGUGUAUUGCACAGGCAUUAGCAGACACCAUCCUCAAGGUGUUAGUUGCGUACACGGUUGAGAAUUAUGAGUUGAAAUCCUCUGGAAAGUCUGCUGUGAAUGAGGAGGAUGCCCAGAAACGAGGCGAGGCGUGGUUUAAGGUUGCUGAGCAGGAGAUUAUCUUGGAAGCGCUAUAG